UUUGCUCCCUUGAAAAAUUACUUGAGCAGCUGGUAGAAAUAGGGAUUGACACACAAUACAAAUUGAUUAGUCGAUUGAUUUGUCUAGUGUUGACAUUGUCCGUUUCAACAACUACUAUGGAGAGAACCUUUUCAACAAUGAAUCAGGUGACAAAUUAUUUGCGCAACAAAAUGAGCGAUGAAUUUCUCGCAGAUUGGUUAACUUGUUUAUCUGAAAGAGAGUAUGCUAUUGGUAUUGAUGUAGACUCCAUUAUUGAUGAAUUCACUAAUUCAAAAUUUAAAAGAUCGACGUGUACAAUUAAUAUUGCAAAAAAAAUUAUUUUAUUAUAUCUAAUUUUUUAAUGAAAUCCGGCCCAGUGCUCUAAUGUGUCCUGGAUCCGCCGCUGGCCAGCUCACGGUGGAGCUGUUGAAGGAGCUCUUCAUCGCCUGGAAGAAUGGUAGUGUUCUUCACAUUCUUGUUUUUGUUGGUUUUCAUCUAUUCGACGGCGACUUUCGAACGCCCAGAAAAGGUCCAACGCAAGCUUCUAGACCUGGACAUUCGUGUGUCGUCGUCAUUGAUGUGUGGAGGCUACGGUUGUUCGUGUAGCUGGUUGGCGGUGGAGCCGGUUGGUCCGACGCCGAAUGUCUAACAGAAAAUUACCUUGUUUGCAGUUAACUCUGCCAGGUUUGUCGCCAAACCUGGCUUUGAUGAGGCAAUAUGUGGUGGUGGAAGCGGAGUUUGGUCGUAUUUGGUAAUAAAACAACUACAAGUUAGAAUAGAAUAUAAAGGAACGAAGGAGGGCAAGAGUGUCAUUUUCACAACAACAAAAAACCAUGAACGACAAAUAAUAACUCUCUAGGAUAUUUGUACAAUAUAGGGAGCGGAUAUGGUGACAACACCAUAUUUGUUGUUAUUGUAACAACACUAGUCUCCAACCAAUAGGAAGUUAGGGCUGUGAUGACUUUUUAUUAGUUUAGUUGACCUAGUGUAAAAUCAAAACAGGGGUAUAAUUGUCAUUCUGAAAAAUAUAUUUAAAAAAUAAAAAAAUAAAAAAUAUUUUUUUAUUUUCUGCCCAAAAAUUGGUUCGCCGGAAUUCUGCCACCGGUCGCCGGUCACCAAAAUAUUUUUUUUGUCGCCGGAAUAUGCUAUUUGUCGCUGGAAUAUGCUUACCGGAGUCGGAAUCUAGUCAUCGGGGCCGGAAUAUGCCUAUCGGCGUCGGAAUCUGCUCACCGGGGCCGGAAUAUGCCUAUCGGCGUCGGAAUCUGCUCACUGACGGUCACCGGAGUUCGGUCAACGAACCUCGUUGACCGGUCAACGAACCUCGUUGACCGGUCAACGAUGACCGAAUGUUAUGGUUAGCAUUGUGAGAUUUAUGGUUUGGUUUCUCAUAUUUUUUUAUGCCUUUUGUGGUUUGCUUUAUUGUGUUUGUGGUUUGCAUUGAGAAGUUUCUGGUUUGCUUUCAAAAAAUUUGUGGUUUGCAUUGUGAGGUUUCUGGUUUGUUUGAAUAUAUUUGUGGUUUGCAUUAAGACGUUUAUGAUUUGCUUUUUUGUGGUUUGAUUUACUGUGUUUCUGGUUUGUAUUAGGAGGCUUCUGGUGUGCUUUCGCAAAUGUUGUGGUUUGCUUUGUGAGGUUUGUGGUUUGUUUUAGGAGAUUUGUGGUCUCCAUUAGGAGGUUUCUGGUUUGCAUUAAGAAGUUUAUGGUGUGCUUUCGAAAAUUUGGUUUGAUUUGUGGGGUUUCUGGUUUGUUUUGUGAGGUUACUAGUUUAUUUUAGAAGACUUGUGGUCUGCAUUAAGAAGUUUACGAUAUGCUUUUUUUGGAUUGUUUUACUGUGUUCGUGGUUAGUAUUGAGAAAUUUAUGGUAUUUUUUCAUAUGUUUCAGGACAUUUGUAGUACUUUUAGAUAAUUCUGAUUUCAUUUGUUGUAAGUUCAUCUCAGCAUAUUACAACGUCGUAUAGGCAAAGAAGUCACAAAAUUAUUUGCAUAAACAGAAAUUCCAAUAGGCAAAAGCUAAAAAAACAUUAUCGAUGUUCACUCAACCCCAUUUUCUGCCAAAUAAAGAACACCCAACUCCAAUUAGCACAACAUCAUAUCAAUUUUCUACAUAAUCGCAAUCUUGCCCCUUACCUCCAACCCAAAAUGCUAUUAACGGAAGAAGAAAGUAGAUUUCAUGACUUUAGAAUUAUAUGCUUGUUGUGGACCAAACUACUGCCUGCAAACAAAUCCCCAAAAAAGAAAGGGAUUAACCUUCC